CGCCGCUCAUUUCGCCUCUCCGUCUGGUCUCGGACGGGUGGUGGGCGUUUUUCGGCGGAUAACUCACUCGCGGCACAGUAUAUAACCCGGAGACGCGUCAGUGGUACCAAUCCGCCGCCUUAUUGACCCUCGCGCUGUUCAGCCUAAAACAAAAAGGAGAACGUAGCCAAGACCACGCACAAUGGCAUCCGCCGCGGCGACCGCGUGUGCUGUCCUUGUGGUACUGUUCCACCUAGCAGCAUGCCAACGAGCAGGGGCCGUUCCGUACCUGCCCUCGGACUUCAGAAUGAACGUGAUGUACAAGUCCUGGUUCGACACCAAGCUCUACUCCUUCACGGUUGCCUACACCCGCCAGGGCCAGGGCCUGGGCAACCGCCUGUACGUGUCCCGGAUGUCGCAGGGCAUCAGUUACAUCAAGCUGUACGACUUCGACAACGACGUCCUCUACGUGGCCGAUGGCGCUACGCGGCAGUGCCAGGUGACCAAGGGUAUUCCGGACUCGGAGAAGGACGACCCCUACUUCCCGGUGGCAUUCCGUGCAGCCGCCAAAGGAGGCAAGGUCUUCGACAAUCCCGACUCGCUGAUACGCUUCAUGGGAGGUGACAAGAAAAAGGCAGAAACACCCAUGGAUGCGGACGAGUGGAGGAUGAACACCACUGUCAACGUCCAAGGGCGGAGCUACCUGUGCACUACCAGUUUCGUCUGGAGCAAGAACGGUGCCGUCACUCCGAGGUGCGACAACAAGGUAGCCAACAAAGGCUUCUGCCCUCCCGUGCCAUUGGAUGCUAUCGUGACGUGCGAUGACGACAAAGCCAUCCGCUACACCUUUGCCGACUACGAGGAGAACCUUGAUUACACCAUUUUCGAGGAACCCGUGGGAUUCUUCUGCGCUGGCGCCGAGAAGGCGCAGCUUCCCGAACUUCCACGAGUGUUUUCGUUCUCUGCCGAGACCAAGGUGGCCGACAGCCAAGACAUCCAGAAAAGCAAGGUGUGGUGCAACCUUCCCAGCUUCCUGGUGGCCCGGGAAACGUACAACGAAGAUGUCGACACGCCAGUCUUGAGAAGCGUCUUCGACUACGUCACGGGCAUGAAGUACUUCAUCGCUCCCAACACGGGCAAGUGUCAGGCCUUCGUGAUGGAGAAGGAAGAGCUGGACGUCCCUGAGCCCUUGUCCCUGGUCUGGGGAGCGAAACGCAACUACGCCUACCAGAAGGCCGGAGAGAGACGCUGCCGGUCCUGGAACUGCGCCGUCUACGCCGGCAUGGACGACGCCAGCGCAGCUCCCGAGAAGUCCGUGGUGUCCAACCUGUACUACGCCUAUGAAAACGAGAUGUACGAAGCUACGCUUCCCGUUUUCAUGGAACUCUUCGACGAAGCCAAGGGCGGCGACGUCAUCGAGAGGCGGCACAUCUUCGAGUACGAGACGGACCUGAGGGACUGGUCGCCGUUCGACAUCGGGGUCUGCUUCCAUCCCCACGAAGUCAGGGUGUUCUUUCUCAGCGUACAAGGAAACUCCGACUUUGGUCCCGGCAAGGGCACCCGAGACGCUUUGGCUAAUGCGUUCAGGGUCCAGCUGAGGCAGACCAUGGGCAUCGCGCAAGACAUACGACUGAGCCGCGUGUCCGUGUUUGCUCGGGGCAAUAACCGACUGAUUGUCAUCGCCCGCCUGCUGCCAGCAGCCAACACUGACCACAUUAUGGUGACGGACCCCACGGUGGACGAGGCCACCAAGAAGCUGAACGAGACGGUCAACGCGGGGAACUUCAGGGUGUUCCUCAACGUCACUGGCUCCGACCAGAAGCCUGAGUACGUAGCCACACAGCUGACGUCUCGAUUCGUAGCGGCAGCACCCGACGCUUCGUCCAAAGGAUACUCUAGCGGAAGCAUGGCGGCGCUGGGCAUCAUGAUGCUUCUCCUGGGCGCUGCUAUCGCUGUGGGCGCGGUCUAUCUGGCAGCGCGGAGGUACCCGCGCAGCAACCUGACUACCAUCCUGCUGCAGCCUACGAGCAGCGGCGACAACUAGAGCCUCCAGCCACCGCAUUACGUUACAUCUAUCGCAAGCUCACCGCCGUAUACAGACCAGAACACCGUGAAACCGAACGUAUCGCCGCCAUACUUGAGAGCGCAGACGGCGCCACGUAUCGUGAACGCCGCGAGGCAAUUUGAUCUAGACAAAGCCUCCGAAAUAUGCGCGCAGCGGCGCUCGCAUAUCUCGGAGGCCAUGAUUUGCGCUGCGGACUUGGAGAUUAUCGCGCUGCACGCGAGUCGACAAGACCUUCCGCGGGCUGCCGCGCCACGUGACACGCCAUGAGUCUUUGUCAUCGUCAUCAUCUGCCUAUGCAUGCACCGUCUCACCAACUCUGCGCAGUACAGGGUAUGGAGCUCAUAUAUCGAGCCAUUCUAUAACGAGAGCCAGCUGCAUGUUCCAGAGAAGGGAGCUGCGAAAGCUCACCCAUUAUAUGUUACUAAUCCUUCCGCGAAGCUUUCAUUCAGUCGGCGUCUCGCGGAGGUUUGAUCGAAGGCGGACAUUGGAACGGUUUUUCUUUCGGUUCUCUGUUCUGAUUGGCUGACGCGACCCAUUUCUCUAGAUACACAACUAACGACUGAUGUCGCUCUCGGUAGCAUUUAUCUAGCCUUGGUAUCUGCCGUAUCAUCUACGCAGCGCAUGACCUGCAAAGCAGUAUACAUGUUCAUCUCAAAAUACAAUUCGACUACACGUUUAUCUUGACUAACACACAAUACACUUGCGUUUGAUCAAUAAACAUCUCUUGUAGUUUUCGUAGACACGGCUACACCAGUGAGAAUAGAAAACUCGACGUUAUUUCUGGACCGCGGUCACAACGAGUGGCAGCGCCAAGCCAAACUAAUGAAUUGCGCCCCGAUGCGCAACUCGGCUGACCGAGGGUGCUAUAGUGCUAUUUCGGCCAUUCUGGACAUUGCCGAAUCCGCCAUCUUAUCAGUUCUGAUUGGCUAAAAGGGCUGCCACGGCCUCUCUGAUUGACUCAAAACGCCGCCUACGAAGGAUUUGACAACGUUCAGGAUAGCACCGCCCGGAGUAGGCACGUUCUCUCGAUCUAUUCCUGACGUCGUCCAAAACAACCGCUCCGCGUCUGUUGUGUGACGUGAGCGCUACUUGCGGUGUCGAGUAUGCCUUGCCCGUUCACGGGGCUCUGGUCUGUGGUGGAUGCGACGUACUUCUCUACAGAUUCUGCCUACGGGUUCACGGCGGAAGACGAUGCGUUGCGUCGACGGCUAAGACAGGCGAUAUACCGUGCCGUGCCUGAGGAACCACAAGUCAGGAAUUUUAACCUGCGUGAAAGAUUGUACAGUGAAGGCUUAAGGACACUUUUAAGAAACUUGUGAAGAAGUGAGGUGAGGAGGAAUUGACGUUUAUUAGUCCUAUAGAAACUAAGGCCCCAUUCCGGGCCUGUUUGGAAGGCUCAGGGCUCUUGUCCCAGCACAUUCUCGAUGCGUUGUACCAAGAGUAGCCAUUAUAUCUUACCGAACGUUCGUGAGGGAUUGGUUUGCUCAUCCCAGCCGCCAGGUCGUUCUUGCGGUGGUAAUUUUGAAAGUAUUCUGCUUUUGAAAGUGGAGGCUAUGGGGCACUCCAACAAUUAAGGUGUGUUUAUUAAAGCGAUAGGCUCCGGAUUGUUGGGGAGCCUGGUCCUCUGUCAGUACAAUGUGCGCGCUUAGAAUGGUGCGCUGAGAUACGAAAGGUAAACAAGGCAGAAGUUCACAGGAAGAUGGAGGAGACGAAAAUUGAAGGUACGGAAGGUGACGAAAACGUGUGUUAUGAGCUAUUUCCAUCGCCAAAACAAUCACCUUAAAGCGACUCUGCUCAUUUAUCUCAGAUUUAUGUUAUAUCUUACUGCUGGAUCACUCAUUAGUGCAUCAAUGACUAUGUAUAGUGUGUUUAAUGUUUGGCGAGUCAUUCACAUAUGCUGUCCGAGCUUCUCGAUGUAUGCUUUGAGUACCCUUCUGUUCACUUUCUGCUCUUCUCUAUUGUCUGUUUCUGUGGCCACCGCUCUGUUAACACGUUGAUAAAGAUCGACCUGUUUCAACAGAA